AUGGAAGAUGCCGAUAGACGAGUACGUUUCCGUAGCGCUUUCAGCGGUUAUGACUUGUGUUUACUGGGUGGUGGGGAGACGGGAGUGACUUGGAAAGGCAGCAUUUACAAACUGCUGUGGCCGAACCUGAUAUUGUUCACGAUAUGUUAUUUUUCGUUGAGUCUUACAUACAGAAUAAUAUUGACACAAUCACAAAGAGAUCUUUUUGAAAAAAUAUCGUUGCACUGUCAAAUGUACACCAAUCUGAUCCCUGUGUCAUUUGUGUUGGGGUUUUACGUUGCAGUUGUCGUUGGUCGAUGGUGGAAUCAGUACCUAAGUAUACCAUGGCCAGAUUCACUGGCUUUGUAUGUCAGCACGUUAAUUAUCGGGCAAAACGAACGCUCUCGACUAAUAAGAAGAACAAUAAUGCGAUAUGCCAACCUGUGCAUACUUAUGACUUUGACAAUGAUUUGUCCGGCAGUGAAAAAGAGAUUUCCGACAAUGGAUCAUUUGGUGGAGUCGGGAUUCUUAAUGACAGACGAAAAGGCACUACUCGAGUCAAUGGACAGCAAAACUAGUCACCCGAAUUAUUGGAUGCCGCUAGUAUGGGCCGCUACAAUUGUGACACAAGCCAAAAAGGAGGGACGUAUCACGAAUGAGUUUUCAAUAAAAACAUUGGUUGAUGAAAUAAACAAGAUCCGGUCGAAUUGCGGUAGCUUGCUAAGCUACGAUUGGAUUAGUGUGCCACUAGUUUACACCCAAGUAACGACAUUAGCUGUUUAUGUUUAUUUUGCUGCUUCGUUAAUGGGGAAUCAGUAUCUGGAUCCGCGCAAAGGGUACCCAACGCAUCCGAUUGAUUUAGUCGUCCCAAUAUUCACGUUUUUGCAAUUUUUCUUCUACAUGGGCUGGUUAAUGGUAGCAGAAACUUUAGUGAACCCGUUUGGUGAAGAUGACGACGAUUUUGAUGUGAACUGGCUUAUCGAUAGAAACUUACAGGUGAACAAAAUACACAAUAAUUGA